UACUGAAAAUUUUGUAAACAAAUAAAUUUGACGUUGAGUUGAAAAUGAUUUUCAUCAGUUUUCAUCUCAUAAAUUAUACUAUUUUUCUAAAUACAAAGCUGAAUUAAGCUUGAAAUACUUUAAGUUAAUUGUAUAACAGUUAUUAAUCUAUUUAUUAUAUGUGCUUUUAUUUAAGGACACUUUUUACAUAUUAAGCAAACAUAUGUAAAAUAACUGACGUGGCCUUAUUUUGAAAAAUUAAGUAGGAAAUCGUAAUAAUGGAAAGAAAGAAAGGAAAAAAUAAUGAAAAUUUGGUAUCUUCAGUUGAAAACGGUGAAGUUAGUAAUGCGGUAGAGAGUAGAAGUAAUAUCAAAGGAGAUGAAUGGAAUAUAGUACUACUUUUAUUCUUAUAUACUUUACAAGGGAUUCCAUUAGGGCUUAGUUCAGCAAUUCCUAUGAUUCUACAAAAUAGGGGUGUUAGUUACAAACAACAGGCAGAAUUUAGUUUUGUCUAUUGGCCGUUUAGUUUAAAGCUUUUAUGGGCACCAUUGGUCGAUGCAUUUUUCUCAGCAAAAUUAGGACGUAGGAAGAGUUGGUUAAUUCCAACUCAGUAUCUAAUAGGAUUUUUUAUGCUUGUUUUAUCUAGUCAUGUGAAUCAGUGGCUGGGAGAUAGCUCCAAUGCUCCAAAUAUAGGAAUAUUGACAUUGUUAUUUUUUUUAUUAAAUUUUUUGGCAGCCACUCAAGAUAUAGCAGUGGAUGGAUGGGCAUUAACCAUGCUUAAGAAAUGUAAUGUUGGCCAUGCCUCAACAUGUAACAGUAUUGGACAAUCAGCAGGUUUCUUUUUAAGCUAUGUAGUUUUUAUGGCUUUAGAAUCACCAAAUUUUUGUAAUACAUAUCUACGAAGUGUUCCUCAAGAUGAAGGACUAGUGACACUACCAAGCUUUUUUUAUUAUUGGGGUUGGAUAUUUAUAAUUUCAACAACUAUAGUUGGACUCAUUAAAAGUGAAGUUGAACCUCAUGAUCCCGAUCAUGCUGUUGUUCAUGACAGAGACAUUAAGACAGCUUAUAAUUCUUUGAAAAGUAUCUUAACACUUCCUGCCAUCAAAACCUUAGUUCUGAUAUUGAUUUCAUGUAAAAUUGGUUUUUCUUCAACUGAUAAUGUCAUGACGUUGAAAUUAGUUGAGGCUGGAAUACCUAAAGAAAAACUAGGUUUAAUGGCUAUACCUUUAAUACCUGUUCAGUUAAUAUUACCCAUUGUAAUAGCAAAAUACACAACAGGUCCCAAACCCCUCAACAUAUUUCUAAAAGCAAUUCCAUAUCGACUAAUUUUUGGGAUUAUUGCAGCUUUUUUGGUGUGGAUAACCCCAACAAUGGUGCCAGAUAGCUCAAAAGGUUUACCUAUAUUCUAUGUAAUUUUACUAAUAGGAUGUUAUGCCUUACAUCAGGUAUGUGUAUAUGCAAUGUUUGUUUCGAUUAUGGCGUUUUUUGCUAAGAUUAGCGACUCUUCUGUUGGCGGAACGUACAUGACAUUGCUGAAUACUGUUACAAAUUUAGGUGGUAAUUGGCCAGCCAUGUUAGCACUAUAUUUUGUCGAUCCAUUGACUUGGAAGGAAUGUGUUGGAGCUGAUUCUUUAUCAGGAAAUAUGUGCAAGGAUGCUGUUGAAAAGGAGGAAUGCAUAAAUUCAAAUGGAAAAUGUGUCACAACAUUAGAUGGGUUUUAUAUAGAGACUGUCAUAUGCACUGUCAUUGGUUUUAUUUGGUUAAUGUGGGGCGAGAAAAAAAUCCAGGAAGUUCAGAGCUUAGACGAGAAUGCCUGGAAGCUACAAAGAACUAAGAAAGAUAAAAGAUAGUAUUUAGUGGUGUAAAAUAAUGUAAACUAUUUGUUAUUUUUUUAUUGCAUUUCUGUGCAAAUCUAGGCAAUACGUAAAGCUGAAGAUGUAAGGAUUGCUAUAAAAUUGAAUUUAAAAACGGAAUAUUUAAUAGUUUAUAAACUAUAAAAAAGUAUUAUAUAUGUACUCUGUUUUAUUAUUACGACAGAUUUUCUACCUCAUAAUAGGAUAUAGCAACAAAAAGUAAAAAAGUUUAUUAUUGACUUUAUUAUAAAAAUAUAUGAGGCUUAAAAAAACUUUUUUACAUACAUUCACAUAUUUAAUAUGCAGUAUAAGUUUGGUUGAUGUCAUUAGUCAUAUUUUGCAUGUUUAUUUCUCAUAAUACUGAUCAUGCAUUUAUUUUAUUAUACCUAUAAUCAAAUAACAUAUAUAUUUUAAGAAAGAAGAAACUCUUAUAGCAAUCCAUAUAAUGCAUCUGGGGUUAUGUAAAUAGGGUCCGUCCGGCCAGAGGAUAUAUUAUGACAGUGACAUUUGUGUCAGGCAUGUCAAACAUAAAUUGUAUUUUCUGUCAUCGUUUGGAUGUCGUCUGUCGAAAUCUUCCGCGGUUCGUUGGACAGACUUUAGUUAUAUUUCAAUAUCAAUUUAACUGGUAUAUUGAUAUAAUUUUUUUCCUGUAAUUUUUAAGUGGGGUUAUUUAUAAAAAUAUUGUUUUAUCUAAUUCUGUCAAUUGGGUAGGAAAAAAAUUGUGGGUAUAAAGGUUAUUUAAAACAUUUUGUGAUAGUUAUUUGUUGACAUUUUUAAAUAAAUUUUGUUGCUCUUAUUUCAUUUCUUAGUAUAAUAUAUAAAGCGACUGAUUAUUAGAUUUUUAUUAAAGUUACAUACAUUUUUAAAACUAAAAAGUAACUACAGUAGACACAAAAAAUACCAGAAGUGCAACAAAACGUUCUAGAAAUAUAGCUGCAAACGUUUAUCAACUUUUUAUUAUUCUAAACAAUCUAAAUGAAUGAUAAAGGUAAAGAUGGUUACCUACCACUGUGUUUUAUUGCCCUUCUAGUCUUUUUAUAAUAUCUCUACUAUAGGUGUUAAUCAUGUGACUUUAUUUUACUAAUUAUUGAAAUAAAUUUAUUUUCCAUA